AUGGAAGCUCGAUACAAGCAUGGCGGUGGCGACUUCAUAGCUACACGCCACUCUACGAGCUACGACUACAUAUCGCCUUUGAAACUGAAUCUGACAGGUAAACACGUCUUGGUCACCGGCGCGGCAUGGGAAGACGGAGUUGGGUAUGCCACAGCUACGGCGUUUGCGCGCGCAGGAGCAGCAGUAAUCGCAGUGGCUGAUCUCCAUGGAGUAGCGGACGAGUUGGCUUCCAGAUUGAAGGAAGUCGCUAAGCAAGCUGGACACGCUGAGCCUACGGUAGUGUGUUGCACGGUCGACAUAUCAAGACUAGACAGCGUGCAGGCCAUGCACGAGACUGUCUCGAAGAUUUUCGACGGGCGUCUAGACAUCGUCGUAAACAACGCAGCCCACAUGGAACCAUACGUGUCGUUCCUUGAGACCGAUCCAGACGUAUACUGGCGAUCCUAUGAGGUCAACGUCCGCGGCCUCUUCAACAUGUCCCGCGUCUUCCUUCCCUUACAACUCUCAACACAAACCAAUCAUAACGGCCUCUGCACAAUAAUCAAUGUAUCCUCCUCUGGCGCGCUGACUGCUCGUCCCGGAAGCGGAAGUUACCGCAGCUCCAAACUCGCCAUCCUCCGCUGGACAGAAACCUUACAACUGGAAUACGCUGAUAGGGGUCUUCUGGCGAUCUGUGUGAAUCCAGGUGCGAUCAAGACUAAGAUCACAGAGACGGCGCCUGAGGAGGUGAGAAAUCGGUUUCCGGAUCGACCCGAGGUAGCGGGCGAUACAAUUGUUUGGUUGGGGGCGGAGAGGAGGGGGUGGUUGGCGGGGAGGUAUGUGAGUUGUACGUGGGAUAUGGAGGAGCUUGUGAAGAAGAAGGAUGAGAUUGUUGAGGAAGACAAAUUGAAGAUGAGGAUGGCCUUUUAA